CCUUUGGACUUGCCAAAUACACUAAUAAUAAUAAUAAGAAGAAGUCGUGAACUUGUGUAAGAGACUGACUGGGUGCCUUCCGCUUCCUACCUAGCGACACUUCUUGCUCUAUUAUCGAUUUAUCUUCCUACUUUUUUUUCUGCUCCAGAUUACCUUUCCUGACCUCUCUAUCUACACUAUCUUUCCACCCACCCAUCCAUCCAUCCAUCCAUCACGCUUUCUCUCACCUCUCACCUCUCUCCCUCUCUCUUCCUCUUCCUUCCUCUCUUUCCAUUUCCACACUUCUCUCCUCCUCCUCCUCCCUCAUCAUCGCUCACUUCCUCCAAUUACAAACUGUACUACUACCUCGAAACUCCACAUUAACUUAAUCUCCUACCACUGCCCCAUUUUCCUUUUUCGUCUCCUUCCUCUUCCUCCUCCUCCUCCUCCUCCUCCUCCUACAUCCACCCUUCUCGUCCCCUCUGGUCUUUUUCUUACAUCACCCAAACAACCUUAACUUUACAUUCGUUCUUAUUACUUUCACUUUUUGUCGACGGGAAGGAUUAUACCAAUCUCUUAGUAAUUUCAACCUUGGUGAAAUGGCUAUCAUUGUCAUCGCUAUAUGACGGAUUGAUUUGAUUAAUUAACUGGUUGAUUGAUCGACUUCAUUCAAUGGGAUACCUUGAUUGAUAUCUCUCAUAUCCUAUUCUCCUAAGACAAUAUAUGAUCAUCGAUAACCUUACCAUUGGAAAACAAUCCAUAAAGUCACCACGGAGACACUCACUCCUCAAAAGUAAUUGAUCAUGUUUUAUUCACUACAAGAUUCGUAUCGACUGGGGCUCGUCGCGAUAUGUCUCUUCGCCUUCUUCAAACAUGUCCAGGGAAUAUCUAUGGAGUAUUGUUCAACCUUAAAUACAGGUUCCGGCAGUGCCAAUUCCUCUAUCUAUCAAUCCGAUGGUCUAUGUCACGAUUUCUGCUUGGAUGAAUACGCUUUUGCGGUGGUGCAAGGAUCAGAAUGUUGGUGUUCAAAUUAUGUGCCUGGGACUACAUCUUCGACGAGCAAUUGCAACACCCCAUGCCCAGGUUAUCCAGAUGAUACGUGUGGUGGAGAUGGUUUAUAUGGAUACAUGUCUUUGACAUUAUCUCCAUCGGGAACAAGAGGAGCUGCGACUAUAUCUUCGACUUCGACUUCGACUUCAUCUGACAAGGUAACUACUUCGACUUCGAGUCCUGAACCAGAACCAGUGACAACUUCUUCUUCUACUGCUGAAGCCACUUCUUCUACUAUCGUUCAACCCAAAACUACUUCAUCAACUAGCUCCACAGAAGCAUCCACUACUUCAACAAUACCACCCACUACAGUAGCCGCCCAAAGGUCGUCUUCGUCUACAUCUGGCUCGACCAGUUCUACGUGGACACCCACUCCAGUCAUAUCCCUCGAAACCAUUACCGGACAAGUUCGAACAGUUACUGUUACCCCAACUGCACCACCAAAUUCAAGCAGCGACUCGUCGGCUUCGAAAGGCGAUGGAGGUUUGACAACUGGAGCUGCGGUGGGUCUGACGAUUGGUCUGGUAGCUUUAAUCGCAAUCAUCGCUGGUGUUACAUACUUCUGUAUAAGGAAGAGAAGACAAGAAAAGGCUGAAAAAUAUGCUGCCGUGAAUAGUCGAAGGGAAAGCCUAGCCGGUGUGGGUGUGGGUGGACCAAUACCAUCGAGAACCAUGAGCGAAAACUCACGAUAUGUUCUCGGCACUGAUGGAAAACGCGUUAUCGAAACAUGGGAACCCGAAUUAAAUACACCUGGAUCCAGGAGGAGUCAAUUGAUGCCUGUGGAUCCAAGAUUAGAUCCUUUUGCUGCUGUCUAUCAACGUGGAGAUAACAGGAGUCGAGAGAGUAUCAAUACUAUUCGAGAUGAUCACGAUUAUUCAAGACGAGUUCAUCAACAAGGACCAAUACUUCGAGCUGUCAACCCUGAUCCCGAUUAACAAUGAUUACAUCCUUUCCUUUUUCGCCACACACGAUAUCACGAACCUUCUAUUUUCCACCUUCAGAAACAUACAGGAUUUGAAAGUUUUCACCGCAAUUUAGGUGAACGUUGGAGUUUUCAGCGAAAUAAUCUCGGAUAAUACCCUUCCCGAAGACAGCCAGAGUUUAAUUAAAAGAAUUGGAGCUCAUUCACCAAAAGCACUUGGAAUAAGUAUCAUAUUCCACAGUUGCCAAAUUAAUAAUGGUAAUUUGUCACAUGACUAUGACAAUCCUUGGUGUGGCUAGUUUCGGCGAACCUUUUCAUUUUUCAUUUCAAAUCGUAUUCAUAGAUUUUACACGCACAAGCGAUGGCCUGGUUCAAUGUUGGAUGAGAUGCUCAAGAGAGAUGUCUUCUAUUCUUUGAACUUGUUAUUAAGAUGCAUAUAUGUGCUUAGUGGAGGUGAGAGGAAAUAGGUUACAAAGCAAACGGUGGAUUGUACAUACAUUGAGGAUUGAAAAUUAAUUCAUCUCGGAAAACUUCUGGCUUGGUAGUUGAGUUGCUGGGAUGGGUGUAAAUGGAUAGGAAUAUGGUUCCUGGGAUGAUCCAGCGAAACAUAAGUACAUGGACAUACAAUAUUAAAUAUUAAGGACUUAUUGUGUAGUGAUUGGUACUUGGAUUUGAUGUGUGUAAGUGCG